AUGACUGAAGAAGCUGCGGAAGAGGCAGCGGCCCUGUGGAAUGAGCAUGCUUUGUCCGAGAAGGGUGGUCUCACGUGUGUCAUUGCGUGUCGCUCCGCGUCAGAGGUUGCGUGGGUACCCCGUCGAGGUUUGACCUUGCAGUCCCAGUCCCAAUGGCUUGGUCUGAAACACAAUGAUCAGGUUGUUUUGCGCUCAGUCUCCCUUGCGGUCUUAGGAAAAGGGGUUUCUCCCAAGAGUCCUGUUAUCAACAAACCCAGGGAGGCCAAAAUCCCUGAAAAGAUUGAGAUGCAUACCGUGCGUUUGACAGUCUAUGCCAAGUACAUGGCGGAAAAGCUGACUACUCAGUUGGCCGAUUCCUUUCUGAAACAAGUUUGGCCUGAGGACGAUAAGAAAGCUAGGAACUUUGCCGCGUGGCGUCCUGAAACGUCUUCGGGUAAAGAGGUCGCUCUCGUCAGCUACUGCACUUGCUCUUCCUCCACGGCUUCUGUCUUGUUGGGCAAGUCAGGUCAGACUCCUCUUUUUGUGUCUCGCUUGGCCAAAGACAAAAAGAAGGACCCUGAGGUGCAUGCGCGUUGGGUUGAUCGGCCCAGUGACUCCUCUGAUUUUGAGUAUUGGCUUCACGCUUGCAAUGUCCUCAAGCAGUCAGGUGCCACCACUGGCUUGAUCCAUCGGUUGGGUGGGGGACGGGACUUGGGGUUCGAACAGAAGGGUUUAGAUCCCAAGACCUCCGCCCCUUUCUACUGGUUGGCUACGUGCCCUCCUUUUUGGGCUGCUCAAGAUCUUUUGAAUGUGCUGACGUCCGUCGGUUGGGACAAUCCCGAGGUUCUCGGUCAAUCCGGGAAGUCCUGGCGAUUUCGAGCUAAGGCCCGUCCGACUAAGGAAACCACUUUCGUUUAUGAGCUAGCGGACGACGUCACUUUGAAGAUUGUACCGCAGCCACGACGCUUGGACAUACACAAUGAGUACGGCAAGCCUCUGGCGCGACCUAAAGUUCCAUGGACGACGCCGCCGACAACUACCAUCGAGGUCCCAGAUACGCAGUUGGAUGAGCCUAUGAUGGAUGGUGCAAGCCCAGACUCAACAACUACUGCUCAUGUGGCUGAUGGUGAAGAGAAGAACAAGGUCAAACAACAUGGAGCCAAGCCACAAGGCGCGGAGCCACCAUGCAAGAAAGCUCGCUCCACCAGAGCCUUUGGCUGCGAAGAGGUGAUUCAGGAUCCCACUUGCCCUCUCAAAGGGUGGACGGUGAUUGAGACCGGCGCCGAUGGCAAGUGCGGUUACCAUUCCUUGGUUGGAGCCACAUACCUCGCCGGUAAGUUCGACAUGCAGUUGGAUGAAAAGUAUGUGUCCAAAGAUGCCGGGUCCCUUCGUGUGAAGACCGCAGAGUGGCUCUUUCAGGACAGCGCCAGAUUCAAGAAAUCAUGGGCGGUUGACUCCGACCAUCCGGAGCACACGGGCAACUCGUGGGAUGAGUACCUCAAGUUGGUUGCUAAGCCGGACUUUUGGCUGGACGAGUUGCAGAUGCGUGCGGCAGCCGAGCGCCUCAAGAAGCGGGUUCUCGUACAUUAUCUGGACACCUCAAAGAAGUGGGCGAGACGAGUGAUCAAUUCCAGAGCUGAGGGAGAGCCUUUGGUCUUGCUUCUUCGGGACCAACAUUUCAGACCGGUGCGUCCUGUCGGAAAGGGUUUCCCGCCGGAGUGGUUGAGAAAUGUUGGAGCUCAGAUGCCCCAUCGCGGCCGAGGUGGAGGACCUGGGAAGUGCUCCGGGAUUAUCCGUCUUCGGGAUGCCCCCGGGAUUUUGCGUUCCAGCAGCAAAAAGUCCAAGCAGUCUUCGACGCCUUCAUGCUCGACGUUUCGUGUUGGACGCGCUGGCUCUUCCUCAAAGAAGGCAACUUCCGUUUCUACCUUUCGGGUUGGUGGGCCAGGGGAUGCACGCGAGACUUCCUCCAACGCUCCUUCGAUGAAGUCUUGCUCUACAUUCAAGGUUGGGGCUUCCAGUCCCAGUGGUGGCGGACGGCUUGAUGCGGUCAUUCGGCGUGGCUUGGCUGCCGCAGCGCAGUUUCAACAGGGCUCCUACAAGGCCGUGCCUACGGACAAAGGUUCUUCUUCCUCCUCUUCAUCCAAUGGGCAGGUGUGGACGAAGGAUGGCAUCUACAAGUGCACGUGUGGUUGGUCUUUGCCGGAGGCGGCAGCGCUUAUCCCGAAGCAAGAGCAAAAUCGACGUUUACAUGACGCCAGAAUGCACUGGUCCCAGUGUCACCCUGGCGAGCCCUUUCCGAAGCUUACCAAGGAGCAACACAAGCAGAAGACGCAGAACAUGGCGGACAAGGUCCUCCAAAACCUUCACGACCUCAAGGACAAGUCUGUGGGAGCUCCGCGGCGUGGCAGUCCACGUCGGUUUCAGUGUCGCCGGUGCGAGGGCUGCUAUGACUUGUCCCACGCACGCCGCGUGGCAUGUCCCGCAACUCCAGACGCAGUGAAAAUGAGGUGUCGUGAAGUUGAGAGCGCAGUUCGAGUCGCGGAAGGUCGUCGCACCAAGCGGGCAGCCCGCUUGACGAUCCGUCGUGAUCCCCGCAAGUCUUCGCGAAAGCCCAUGAAGAAGAUGUCCAAGAAGAUGAAGGCCCGAUGCAACAAGCAGACCACUACCCGCCACGUGAUCAUCUCCAAGAAGUACGCUUUGACAGCCAGGGGCAUCGUUGGUGAAAAAUCUCUGGGCAAAUGGGAGUUCUUCCGGCAACGCGCCCAAGACUUACACGCUGAUGUCAUUGCUUUGUCAGAGACCCAUCAAGAUGAUCGUCGUGCUGAGCGGUUCAGCAAAGCGUCGGCGAAGGCUGGUUUUCCUGGCUAUGUUUGUUCUCCGGGCACGGGAAAUUCCAUGGGCACUAUGUUGGCUGGUCCUAAAGGUUUCGCCCUUGAUCCCUUUUCUUGGCCUAUUGAAUACAAGGGCAGAGUUUGCAGCGCUGUUUUGCGGUGCGGACGGGCGGACUUGCUUUUGAUCUCUGUCUACUUCCCUGUUGGCGGAGGCGAGGCGAAGCGACAGCGUCAGGACUUGGCCGAGAUCAUUGCUGGCCGUGUUUCCUCUGCGAGCCUUCCUACUAUUGUCAUGGGCGAUUUCAAUGCGCAACCUCACGAUCCUGAAUUGGCUGCAUUGGAGUCCGUUUGCGAGUAUGCGCACGAGCACACCAAGUAUGAGUAUCUCUCCACGGCUUCGUCUUGUUUGGAUUUUGCUCUGGUUCGGCAUGUGGCGGUGACGGAGGUGUCCCUGGACGCGCGUAUGUCAGACCAUAGCGGUAUUCUACUUCGCAUCGACUUUUCCGGUUCUUGCCAGUUCACGACUAUCAAGAGUUAUCCUGAUCUGCGAGUGUCGCAAGAAGAGUGGCAUCUCCUUUGGUCCAAUGUUUGGUCACGCACCCGGGACACUUGGGAGCGCGCUUUGCACAAUGGUGAUACCGAGGAGUUGUGGCGCAUCUGGAGCACGGCUUUGGAAGAAGCCGGGGGAGUUGCUCCACAUCUUGCUCAUCGUUUUCGGGGCACAGAGCUUCACACCAUGGACUUGGUUUUCAAGGGGCCCAAUGCGUCUCGAAUGAAUCAUAGGGAACGUCGUUUGCAUCGUGUUUGGCGCCAGAUCACCGAACUUGUCAAACAAUGGGAGCGGGGCAAUGUGGAUGCAAACUUGUUGAACAAAGCUACUCGUGCUUUUCGCAACCUUUGUCGUGAAGGCUUUAUCGAAGAAGAUGCUACAGAGCCUGUGGAUAUGCAACAGGCGUUGGACGUGGCUAUCAGAGCGGAGGCCAAGGAAACGGCUUUGGACAGGUUCACAAUUUGGAAAGAAGGAGCUCGCAAGGCCGGGCUCAAACCUUUGUUUGAUUUCAUUGGUGGCAAGACGCGAUGUGGCCAGGUUGCCGUCACGACUCCAGAUGGGCUCACGGCCGACCCUGCUGCUGUCCUUGCUCAUGCUCAGGCGCAGUGGAAUCGCAAAAAUCAUUCGGCUUUGGACGAUGACCUCCGGCAGGCUUAUUUGCGGCGGGUGCGGCCUCAUGUAGUUCCUCACGUUCCUCCUCACGAUGUCGAUCGGCCCUUCUCUGUAAAGGAGCUCCGGCGUGCAUUGAAGGACACUUCUGGGUCCGCUCCUGGUCCUUCGCAGUGGUCGGCUGAUCAGUUGUUGAAGGCGCCCGCUGAGGCGCUUGAAAUGUUGGUUACGCUGUUGAACACCAUCAAAGACACGGGUGUCUGGCCUGCAGCUUUGCGCAUGCAGGAAGUUACCAUGAUUCCAAAGCGCGCGGGUGCCUCGGACAUGCGCCCGAUUGGGGUCACGGCAGUGGUCACUCGGAUCCUGGAGAAGAUGCUCCUUUCCAGAUACAAGCCUUGGGUCGCGCAGAUUCAAAAGACUGAUGCCACCGAGAUCUUGCUAUCUGUCGAGGCCCACAUUACUCACGCCACCUCCACGGGCCAGCAAUGUAUUUUCCGUCAAAGCGAUCUGAGCAAUUGCUUCACUCGCCUGGAUGUGGACAUCGCCAAACAAUUGGCGCAAUGGUUUGGGAUGCUCCCCAAACACGCCGAGCUUUACUUUGAGCUCAAUCGUCGCAGGCCCGCUGUCAUCAAGGCUGGCUCGGCGGUUAGUCAGUGGCAGGUUCCAGACAGGGGCAUGCCCCAAGGUGAUCCGGUGAGUCCUCUUGCAGCGGCCUUGUAUGCGGCGGCUCAUGAGGCCGUGAUCCGGAAUGACUUCCCCGCGGCUUCCUUCUACACGUUUGUGGACGACCGCACGAUAUGCACAACACAGGAGCAGCACAUGACAGGGGUUGUGAACCUUCUUCGUGAACUUGAUCAUCUCAGUGGACAAGCCGAAGACGCUACAAAGGAGGAAAUGGCUAUCGUCAAUGCAGUACCAGAAAGCCGUGAUCUUUUCCCUCACGCGCGGGACGAGUACAUUGACUUGUUGGGCAUUCGUUUUGACCUCAAUGGCAAGGCCGCUCCCAGCACUGCCCCCAGAGCCCGGGCUCGCUUCAAGGAGCUCGGGCUGCGGGUGGAACGUUUGGGCAAGAUCACGCGCAAUUUGCAACUGGGUUCUUCGCAGCUAUGCAAGGUGAUGAUCGCCACAAUGGGCCUUUUUCGAUGGGAUGCCGCGUGGAUCUCGUGCAAUUAUUCGGAGGUCAAGUCCUUGGCCACGAAGAUUGAAGUUACUUUGCAGGCUCGGAAACGCUACGCGGCAUGGCGCCAUCGUGGAGCUUCUUGGGUUUUGCAGCCGAAAGGUUGGCAUGUCGAACCUAUCGCUUUAAUAACCUUUGCGGCGAUCUGUGCUGGUCGACGAUUGCAAUUCUCUUCCUGGCGCACCGUCAUCGAGCAUGCUUGGUCCCAGCCGUCCGGUUUUCGCAAAAGCUUGGUGGAUCACAUGAGGGAUGCCUACGAGCGUGUGGGCUGGGAGGCUACAGAUUCUCCUUGGACGGUUCAGACCCCGCAAGGCAGUUUCGACCUCAACAUGAUCAGCCGGGCCGUUUUUGGACACCUCCUGCGACAAGGGUGGAGACAUUACAUGAUGAAGUGCCACAACUCUUGCAGACACGUUUGCAUUGAUGUGGAUAGUAUCGAUGUCGUUCCUUUGCGCAAGUUUGUGGAUGCAACGGUUCCUUCUUCAAGAGCUUUGGCUUGGCGAUGCGCAGUUGCGGCAGAGCCCAACCAUGAGAGGAUGGCUCAUAUUGAUCCAGUCACCUUCCCUUCUCAGGCGUGCCCCCACUGUGGCGCUCAGCGCGCUACCACCUUUCACCUCAUGUAUGAAUGCGAUAGCUCUGCUGCUCUUCGGGCAGAGCUGGAUCUACAGCCCGACGCCCUCGGUGGUGAUCUGGCAGGGUCUCAACGAGCGGCUUGGUUGCAGAACGGUUGGGCGCAGUGGGUUCCUCCACCUGCGGCUGGCGAUUGGACUUGGCACAGAAUCACUCAGUGGAUUGAGGAAGUUCGUGCUUUGCUUGUGGCUCACCCUCCCAAGCUUUUCAAUGGUGAGUUUCUCAUUGCGACGGAUGGCAGCGCGCAGUCACCAGCAGACCCGGAGACUCGAGUGGCAGCUUGUGCUGCGGUGUGGCGAACGUCUUCUGGUUUAAUUUCCUGGUCCCAGCCUUUAGGCAAUAUUGAGAACACGGUCAAUGCUGCUGAGUUGGUCAUAGUCGUCGUGGUGGCAAAGGCGGCGGAGGCAGCGUCUAUGGCUUCUUCUUUGCGUAUUCUUACAGAUCAUGAAAGGGUUCCUGCAGCUUUCAAGAGCAGCAAAUCUUCGUGCGACAAAGUUUCUCUUUGGAAUGCUCUGAAGGAGGUUCACCGAGAUGCUGGUUUUCGUCUGAGUUGGGUUCCUGCGCAUGGCAAGCAUGCACAUGUUCAUGUUCCUACGGAGUGGAGAGAGCUCAACAUGGAGGCAGAUCGCCACGCCAGCUUAGCUGCUCGUGGCGCCGUACACUUGCUGAUUCCUUGGAUUGGCGAGGAUGAGAUGGAGUUCACGGAGGCCGAGUCCAACAUGAACGACCUCGUGUCGGAGUACCAGCAGUACCAGGCCAUUGACUUUGUUCAGCUGGGCAAUGGCACUGUGGAGUGCUUGCUAGACGGGUGGCAAAAGACUUUUCGAGUGUGCCAGCACGGGGCCGCUGCCGCUGCCUCUCCGGCAGCCCUCAACCGCGUAUCGGUGCCGGGUCCAGGAACCUACACCACGACACCGCGGACCGAAGAGAUCGUCAAGCCUGUCAACUGCCGGGUGCUGAUGGGGCGACGGCCGCGGUUCCAGAAGGAGGGGGCGCUGUUUAACUCGGGGAUCGAGUCCAAGGUCCCUGGGCCUGGGGCGUACGAUGCGGACAAGAUCAUCAGCCUUGGCCGAUGCAAAGUGAGCAAACAGAAGGAUCCACCAAGAUGGACCAUGGCCAAGAAGUCCAUCAUGGAGUUUGCAAAGACCCACUGCUAA